CUGGGGCGAGCGCUCUCACUUCUCCGCCAAGUGCCAACUUCGCCGCCGAGAGCGCCGGGCGCGCACCGUGCGGGCGCGGGACGCGGCUGCGGGAAUCUGAGAUUUGCAGGCAGGGAAAGUCGGGUUUCCUCGGUCCCCUUGCCCCUGUCGCGAGUCCCCGUUCAAACGCAAACAACGACAGUGACCGCAAACUUGCUCCAAGCCCGUGCGUCCCCGACUGCUGCUGGCACCAUGAAGGCGGCCGUGGAUCUCAAGCCGACUCUCACCAUCAUCAAGACGGAAAAGGUCGACCUGGAGCUUUUCCCCUCCCCCGAUAUGGAAUGUGCAGAUGUCCCACUGCUGACUCCCAGUAGCAAAGAAAUGAUGUCUCAGGCCUUGAAAGCUACGUUCAGUGGUUUUGCUAAAGAGCAGCAAAGACUGGGAAUCCCGAAAGACCCCCGGCAGUGGACAGAAACCCACGUGCGUGACUGGGUGAUGUGGGCGGUGAAUGAGUUCAGCCUGAAAGGCGUGGACUUCCAGAAGUUCUGUAUGAAUGGAGCAGCCCUCUGCGCUCUGGGUAAAGACUGCUUUCUCGAGCUGGCCCCAGACUUUGUGGGGGACAUCCUGUGGGAGCACCUGGAGAUCCUGCAGAAAGAGGAUGUGAAACCAUAUCAAGUGAAUGGAGUCAACCCUACCUAUCCAGAAUCCCGCUACACCUCGGAUUACUUCAUUAGCUACGGUAUCGAGCAUGCCCAGUGCGUCCCUCCGUCGGAGUUCUCGGAGCCGAGCUUCAUCACAGAGUCCUACCAGACCCUGCAUCCCAUCAGCUCGGAGGAACUGCUGUCUCUCAAGUAUGAGAACGACUACCCCUCGGUCAUCCUGCGCGACCCCCUCCAGACCGACCCCUUGCAGACCGACUACUUCGCCAUCAAGCAAGAAGUCGUGACCCCAGACAACAUGUGCAUGGGGCGGACCAGUCGUGGUAAGCUCGGGGGCCAGGACUCUUUUGAGAGCGUAGAGAGCUACGAUAGUUGCGAUCGGCUCACGCAGUCCUGGAGCAGCCAGUCAUCUUUCAACAGCCUGCAGCGCGUGCCCUCCUAUGACAGCUUCGACUCCGAGGACUACCCGGCCGCCCUGCCCAACCACAAGCCCAAGGGCACUUUCAAGGACUAUGUGCGUGACCGCGCUGACCUCAACAAGGACAAGCCUGUCAUUCCUGCUGCUGCCCUGGCUGGCUACACAGGCAGUGGACCAAUCCAGCUGUGGCAGUUUCUUCUGGAAUUACUCACUGAUAAAUCCUGUCAGUCCUUUAUCAGCUGGACAGGAGAUGGCUGGGAGUUCAAGCUUUCGGACCCAGAUGAGGUGGCCAGGAGAUGGGGAAAGAGGAAAAACAAGCCGAAGAUGAACUAUGAGAAACUGAGCCGUGGCCUACGCUACUAUUACGACAAAAACAUCAUCCACAAGACAGCGGGUAAACGCUACGUCUACCGCUUCGUCUGUGACCUGCAGAGCCUGCUGGGUUAUACCCCCGAGGAGCUCCACGCCAUGCUGGAUGUCAAGCCAGAUGCUGAUGAGUGAUGGACAUGGAAGGGGCAGGGCCAACCCUGCUGAGACCUUGCAAAGAACAGCCGCGUUGGUUGGACUCUCAAUUUUCCAUUGUUAUUCUAUUUUUUAUUUUCCAGAACUCAAUUUUUUUACAUUCAGGGGUGGGAGCUAAGGGAGCUGCAGCUGUAAGCCAUUGUGUGUGGUUGGAAGCAGAAAGCCAGGACCUGUGGGGUGGGUGGGGCAAGAAGUUCUCGGGCAGAUUCUCAGGAGACAGAAGGAUCUUCUCAGAGAAGGAUCUGGCUGAGGGAGGAAGAGACUAACGUGUUCAAUAUGUUUCUUCAGUCAUCCAUGACAAAACCGUGUCCUGAGUUAGGAACCCAUUAGCAAGAGAAAAUUGUCACAUCAAGAGUCUUAAGACUGGUGAGAGGCAGUUCAUUCUCUUGUGUUGAAAUCCGGGGUGACAAAAAAAGAGGGGGGUGGGCUAAAAUAUUUGUCGGGGGGAUGUGCUAAAAAUUGACAACUACUUACCUUUUUCACUCUUCUUUCAAAACAAAGAUGGACUUCCGUGGGGAGGGGCCAAAACUGUUUUUUGUGUUAAAAUUUAUUUUAUUAAAUUUUGUGCCAGUAUUUUUUUUUUUUCUUAAAAAUCGUCUUAAGCUCUAAGGUGGUCUCAGUAUUGCAGUAUCAUGCCAGUUUGUUUUUAUUUGCAGGCUGAGGAUUCUGUCACAGUGAAAGAAACCCGUUUAUAUAGACCCCAUUGGAAAAGCAAGGCUCUGUGACUAAGAUCAGGGAUUCCAAAUUCAUGUGACUUGUAUAUGAAGGAAACAUUAAUGCUGAUUUGGGCACAGGGGAACUGUGCUUGUGAAUUUCUUUACCAUUUAAAAAAAUAUUCUCUCACCCCUUUACUUACUUGUCAUUAGUGGAUUCUUGGGGUUUGGGCUUAAUGUUGGGCUAGGAAACAUUGAGCCUUGGAACUGAAUGUAUUCUUGUAAGCUCUGGUUUGGGGCUUGGUCAGCUUAGGAGCACUGCUAAAGUCGUGGAAAGGAAGCCGAGGAGCAAGAGGGACUUGGGUCUUGAUUCGUUCUACACCUGUAACAUAGAUUACUUGGAAUAAAGGCUGCAUGCAGGUCUGAAGAAGGAAGUCCUGAAUCCCUAGCAUCCCUCACUAACAACCUGCAGCCUCUCCUGUACGAGGAUGUCUCCCUGUCCCAGUGUCCAUCCCACCGUUGCUGCCCGUUCCCCCGACUCUGUUAUUCAGUAGGCCGAAACGGGCAGCUUUCUGUUGAGUGAGUGUGAGAAUAACUUCAGAGUCUACACGAGGUGAAGCGUGCUGGCUUCCAGAAGCGUUAGGCAAGAGAGCAUUUCAGUACAAUGCUAACUUGGCUGUCUUUGGGAAGAGAAGUACAAGGCUCUCCUUGGAAGAGGCUAAGCCAGUCGGGAAGGAUGUCGGGAGACUGUGUGUGCAAAGGCAAGGGUAUAAGUGGUGUCAGGGCCUCCCGAGGCGUGGGUCUCAUGUCCUGGGCCAGGGCAAAUGAAGAUUACUUGUGGAAGAGAGGAAUGACUUGAAGGCAAAGGAAACAAAGGGGAGGAGCUUGAGUGAAAAAAAGAAAAAAACGGUGAUUCAUGAGAUUCGAAGGCAUUUUUAAUUUCCUUAAAGUUUAAAUGCAACCAUGAUCAACCGAAGCACCCAUCUUUCUGCUGGUUGUGAGACAGGAUCUCAAAAAGGGAUUUUGGAGCAAAAAUGAACAUCUAACUUGUGGGGAAAAAAAAUGCCGAAUACAAUCAGAAUCCCUCCUGCUCUAAAGAUGCCCAGUUCCGUGGAGGGGGUGGCCUUACGUUUCCUUGAGAAAAGGGAAGAAAUGCUGAAGAGAGCGUCUCAGAGCUGGCCCUUUUGGGAUUUAGCUGAGCGACAAGCCGUGGUGAUUGCCUUCAAGCGCAGCGGCAGGAAAGCUGUUACUCCCAGAUCCUCUUGCAGACCCUGAGCUGUUAUCAGGAACAUCGCCCUGUGAUUCCCAGUGUCCCCACACCCACACAUUGGAGCAAAGGCAGAACUCUCCCAGCUGUGUAAUUUUAAUCUGUCAGAUGCAGGUGCCUUAAUGAAGCUCUCAGAAUACUUUAGGAGCUGCUCAGGGAGUGUUAGGUGGAACUGUUUGGACUAUAUUCUUUUCUCUUAGAUUAUAUGAUCUUUUUGUAGGGCACUGGCAAAGGGAGUGUGUGUGUGUGUGUGUGCAGACAUGCAAAACUGCAGCUGAAAUAAUAGCUGGGCUUUCUAGGGAAGUCUUCCCAUAUUUCAGUACCGAGUGAGAGCAGAGCAAGGCUGGAUAUCCGUCAUUGCUCGCUCUUGGAAGCAGGCAUAACAUCACUUUCUCGAAUCAGCAACCUUUCCGACUCAAUCUAGCUGCAAACUCCCCUUCUGUGAGUCUGUCCAACUCCUGCAGUUGCUGUUGCAGAAAAGACGGAAGAAAGUGCCUCCUCGUGCUCCUCCGCCCGCUCGUGUGCUAGGAUCCACCUCCCCCUCUCUUGGUCCACCGUUUUCAGGAUUUGUAGAUAGUUAAAGACAGCUUUUGUCCAUCUGGCCGCAUGCUUUUUCUCCUUUUGUCCAAGGCCAGAGACCAUCCCAGGAAGAGUGGUGGGUGGUUUAUACACUGGAAAUGUAGCAGAAUUGUUGCAUUUAUGCUUUUUAAAAACACAUGUUAACUUCCGAGGAAGGAUGGGCAGAUCUGGUCUAGCUGGGUGAAACCUUUAUUUUCCCAGAGAUGCCUUAACCUGUGUGGGUUUUGGUUGUGAGGGUCAGGGUCCACGGAAGGGAGGGACUUCCCUACACAGAGCCCUGAUUUUGUGGCUGUGGGGACUGGAGGUGGCAUUCAGAGAUCAGAUGUGCUUUUCCUCACUUUGGAGAGGAGCCCUCUGGGUUUUAGAGCAUUAACCUGCCUAACGUCAUGGUGAAAAAUAUACCUUCUCUCUCCUAGACAUGCUGUGCAUGCUGCUGUCUCUGGUGGGGUCUAUAUAAAUCUGUUGAACUCUUACCUACAUUCCAAAGAAGUUUCAAGGAACCAUAAAUAUAUGUAUACAUAUACAUAUAUAAAAUAUAUAUAUUAAAAUGAAAUUAUCUCUAUCAGGAAUACUGCCUCAGUUAUUGAAUUUUUUUUAAGAAUACCUUUUUUUUUAAAAGCUGAGAAGUACAGGGGUGAAAAAGAUGUUAUAUUGUGUUUGACUAUUUUCCAACUUGUAUUUUCAUAUAAUUUAUAUUUUUUAAAAGCUGAAAAUUUAAAAGCAAGAUGAAAAAAAGGAAAAGCAGGUGCUUUUUAAAAAAUCAGAACUGAGGUAGCUUAGAGAUGUAGCGAUGUAAGUGUCUAUGUGGUUUUUUUUUUAAAUGCAAAAAAAAUUUCUUAUGGGGGAGUUUUUUGUUUGUUUAUUUUCGUAGCUGAUGCUGGCACAUCAUUUUGCUGGAGAGUUUUUUAUAUACUGUAGCCUGAUUUCAUAUUGUAUUUUAAACUGUG